GUCUUAGUUGUCUUCCCUCCCAUCAGAGGACAACGGCACCUUUGAGUUUGGCAGAAGCGUGAAGAUGUCUGUUAAAUCAGACCAUAGCAAGGAUGAGGAGGGGAAUCAUGGGCCAGAGGUCACGGUUAUGGAGACGAACCGCUUCGGCUUCAUUCUAGGGAAUGGAGAAACUGACAGUGACGGUCCAUGUCCUGAGUUAGUGAGACAUCGAGAGUCCAAGUGGCUCAACCUCAUGACUCAAUGGGAGCAAGUGAUGGAGAAAAAGAGCAACAAGGUCAAAGGUCAGUGUCAGAAGGGCAUCCCAGCAUCCGUCAGGGCAAAGGGCUGGCCACUGCUCUGUGGAGCUAAGGAUAGAAAAGAAAAAAGUCAAGAACUCUAUAAACGUCUAGUUAAAGCUCCAGAUCAUCAGGGAUGGACCGAUAUCAUCAAAAGAGACACAGACAGACAAUUUCCCUUCCACGAGAUGUUCCAGUCCAAAGACGGUCAUGGUCAGAAGGACUUGCUGGAGGUCCUGAAAGCGUACACUCAGUAUCGUCCAGACGAGGGCUACUGUCAGGCGCAGGGUCCAGUGGCAGCUGUCCUUCUGAUGAACAUGCCUGCCGAGGAGGCGUUCUGGUGUCUGGCGCAGAUUAGUGAGCUCUACCUCCCUGGAUAUUACAGCCCUCUGCUGGAAGGUGUUUUAUUCGAUGCUGCUGUUCUCUCAAGCGUGUUAAAAAAACAGUGUCCUGCCGCACACAAACACCUACAGAAUCAGGGGGUGGAGCCUCUCAUGUUUGCCACUGAUUGGCUGAUGUGUCUGUACAGCCGUCACCUGCCCUUCGACACUCUGCUCAGAGUCUGGGAUCUCUUUUUCUGCUGUGGUGUGCGUGUUUUGUUUCAGGUCGCUGUGGUGCUGGUGCGCCGCUGUCUGGGAGAAGGACGGCUGCGAAAAGAGUGUGAUGGACAGAUGGAAACCCUGGAAAGACUGCGAGGUGUAAAACAGCGUGUUCAACAUGAGCAGGCUGAUGCCUUUAUCCAUGAGGUAUGUUCGGUGUCCCUGUCCUGGGCGGACCUGCAAAAACAAACUGAGAAAGAGCUGGAGAAAUGGAAAAAAGAGAGACCAAACUCGACCUUUGACCCGCGAGGGCGCUGUCACGGAUACCGAAUGGCAUGGGAGAGAGCGCAGGACAAACAAAAGGAACAUGAAAAGAAGGAGCGACCGAAGGGAAGCCUGACUCUUCCUCUCAUGCGCUCACAUUCUUCUCUUUCUCCUUCAGUUCUGCGCAAGAAAUGGAGAAAGAGGAGCAGCAAGACUGACACAGAGGAGUGGGAUGGAGGGGGUAGAAAAUUCUCGCAAAGUGUGAUGGAGGAGAGCGAUGACGAGGAGGUGAGGAGGAGGAGUGUGUGCGGUAUCGUUGGGGAGCAAAGGGUCAAAAGGGACAGGCUAGCGGACGAACUCUGCACACACAAAGAUCACAGCACACCUCCCAACAUCUCAGUGGUGGUGUCCUCCACUAUUGACUGUGAUGUCUUUGAGAAAGAGCAUACAGAAACAUCUUUGAACCAACAGAAAGAGAAUUCAGAAACAACACGAGGUGAAGAGAAAGAAAGGACCGCUGGGUUUGAGGUUGAGGAAAGCAUACAGACAAAUCAUCAUAUACAGGACACAAAUCAAGAUGCACAGAGUACAGAAAUGCAAGGACAUCAGGUUGAACAGAAUAUAGAAAAAGACAAAACUCAAGAUGAUCAGAAUACAGAAGCACCAACAAAUCAAAAUGAACAGAAUACAGACAAACAGACGUGUCAAGAUGAACAGACUGUGGAGACUGAGAGAAAUUUAGAGGCAUGUGGGGAAAGUACAUCACAGGAAGAAGACAUACAGACUGACUCCAGUAAACAGGAAGAGGAAAUACAACCAGACAGCAACAUCCAGGAAGAAGAAAUACGAACAGAAUAUUGCAAACAAGAAGAAGAAACUGAAGAAGAUAGGUUGCCAAACAUCAUAGUGACUGAAGAAAAUGAGGAAAAUAUCCCAGAGAAAGAGAUACAGAUACAUGUUGUCCAGAAGGAAGAGAGGUCUCAAACAUCUAGAGAUCAACAUGAAGAACAUGAACACUUGGAAAGACCAAAAGACAGUUUGUUCAUACACACAGCUAUAGAGGAAGUUGAGGAGACUCAGCCUAUUGGUGAAAACCGUACUGAUGCAGACAAGGAGGAAGGGAUUCAGCAAGAGUUUGAUGUUCUCCCUGAGGAGACCACAGAGAUAUCAGACCCUUUAAAGAUGUAUGAGGAGAAAGAUGACAAGAGAUUGGAGGAAGACAGACAAGAUAUAAGCUUAGAAGAGAGUGACAGUCACUCUCAUAGUGCUGGUAAAGAAACCGUGUCACCAUCUGAAGCAGCACUAACAUCAUCCUCUUUAAAAACUGAACAAGAAAGUGAAAGAGAGCAUCUGGACGGAUCAGCAGAUCCCCUACAGCAAUCCCAAUCAGGCCACCAAGAGCACAAUGACAUGUAUGCUACUGUUACUUCCAAAGAGUUGGAGCAUUGUCCAACAGAUCCCACUGUGGAGGAUGCAGUAGGAUCUGGCAACCCAGAGCAAAGUGAAGUGGAUUCUGCUGAUGGCACCAUCAUCCUUGAACCUCAGGAUGCAACAGUAGCAUCUACACACUCUGUUGGCAGAUGUGGUAAUAAAGAAAUCCGUGAGAUCAAUCCCAAAAUUAGUGAAGUAAAUGAAUCACCUGAAAAUAUAGCAUGUUGUGAAGCCAAUACUGAUGAAUCAAGCAAACUCACAAACAAUGUAGAGGAUGGUAUUUGUAGAUCUGUCUAUGCAGAAAGCAACGAAAUACAUGCUGCUCCUGGAUCAGAAAAACCCGAACGCAACACAAUAGACAUCACUGCCGAAUCUGGCAAACUAGAAAGCAAUGGUAUGGAAAUUGCUGCUGGAUCUGGCAACCCAGAGAUUAACAGUGUGCCUGUUACAAGUGAAUCUGGCAACCCAGAGAACAGCACUGUGCCUGUUACAAGUGAAUCUGGCAACCCAGAGAACAACACUGUGCCUGUUACAAGUGAAUCUGGCAACCCAGAGAACAACACUGUGCUUGUUACAAGUGAAUCUGGCAACCCAGAGAACAACACUGUGCUUGUUACAAGUGAAUCUGGCAACCCAGAGAACAACACUGUGCCUGUUACAAGUGAAUCUGGCAACCCAGAGAACAACACUGUGCCUGUUACAAGUGAAUCUGGCAACCCAGAGGAUUCUGCUGUUGGCAACCUUGAAAACAAUGAUGUGCAUUUUACAACGGGAUCUGGCAACCCUGAAUGCAAAAUGACAGAUGUUACCACUGACACUGAAAAACCAGAAAACGAUGGCAUGGAAGUUGCUGUUGGAUCUGACAAUUCAGAGAGCAAUAUAGUUGGUUCUCCUGUUGAAAACCCAGAAUGUAAUGAUGUGCAAGUUACAACUGGAUCUGGCAACACAGAGAGUAAUAUAGUGGAUUCUGCUGUUGGAUCUGGCAACCCGGAUCACAAAGAAGUGCAUGUCACAAAUGAAUCAGACAACUCAGAGACCAGCAGAGAGCAUGUGACCACUGGAUCUAGCAACCCAGAGCCCAAUGAUGUGCCUUCUACAAGUGAAUCUGGCAACCCUGAGAACAAUAUAAUAGAUUCUGCUGUUGGAUCUGGCAACCAAGAUUACAAAGAUGAUCAUGUCACAACCGGAUCUGACAACUCGGAGACCAGCAGAGAGCAUGUAACUGCUGGAACUGGCAACCCUCAUAACAGUGAAUGUGCAAUACCAGGAGACAGCCAAGGGUUAGAGUCCCUCUCUUCAAUUCAAUCUUCAAAAUCCCCAAACGUCCCACCAGCUCACCUCUGCGUGCGCAGGACUUCCAGCUCGCGGGUUUCCUAUCCCACAAUCCUCUCUGAGGACACCUUCAAAGAGCCACAGCAGCAAGAACACACACAUUCAGAACAGACAACAGACGCACCAACACAAGACACACACGCUCAGCCUAACUCACUGACAAAGGCAGGCACCCCAAAACGUCUGGGUCUGUUUCGCCGUCUCCGAGGGGAGACCAAUAAAGCCCCCGUCCCCAAAAUCCUCAUCCAGGACUUUAGCAAUAAAGAGGAGGGGCUGACGGCGAAAGAGAGGAGGAGGAGAAAGAGAGAGAAAGAGCAAAAAGAAAGAGAAGAGAAAGACAGAAAGAAACAAGAGAAGGAAAUGGAAAAGGACAAAGACAAAGAAAGGAAAAAGCCUCAGACAAGAGGAAGGAGCUUCCAGGUGCUCAGCAGGAAGGGUGCUGAUAAUGUCGUGUCCCCCGGGAACAGUAACUCUCAGACAUCUCACGCCAGGAGAAACUCUGCCCCUUUUUCUGACGGAUAUUUUUAAAUAAUCAGAGACUCGAUCACAUAUUUGUAUUCCGCAGUGGGAGUGAGAUGUUUUAAUGUGACUUGUGCAAUGAUUUGAUGUGGCUUGUUAUAUUCACUGCUUCAUCUCUUGGUUUAAAACCAUAAUUAUUUUCAUAGAAAAA